GGGAAAUUUCGACCGAAUUUUUUCUCGCUUGCCUGCAAUUGCGCUGCUUUGUGUGGUCGCCCAGCAUAGAAAAUGUAGGGCUUGUGUGGGCCGAUUCCCAAUCCGGACUAGCGUAGCUGGUCGACGACCGGUACGUACCUUUGGCGUUGUGACGGCUUCUGAUUGGUCCGGUUUUUUUCUGCGACAAAACUGCAAGCAAGCUUUCAGACAUACUCGCCAGACGGCUUCCCUCCAGUUUGAUAUAUGCCUGUAGUGUAAACUGGGAAUAAAUUCACAAGCUGCCAAUUGGAUACAGGACAAACGGCACAUCGAUAUUAGUACCCUCGCCAUGAAUAUCCCUUACAAUUGCCUCCACGCCAGAGGCGGCAUUCUGUUCGCAUCUCGCGGCGGCCGCCUUCACUCAUUCAAGCUCUCAGACAUGUCCUUUAUCUCAACAUGGAUACAUCCUGCUGUGGAGUCCAUCGCCGAAAGUGCUCAAGAAGCUCAAAAGUUGGCUGAGCAAUCAGAACAAGUUUCACAGACUGCUACUGAUGCUACUGCUGUUGCCGUUGAAGAGGUGCCUGCUCAGGAAGAUGGCGAUGAACCACCAGCUAAGCGUGCCAAGGUUGAACCCGAAGCUGCAGACAAGUCAGAUGCAAAGCAAGAGGACAAGCAAAAGGGUAAAAAGAAGAAGGGCGGCAAAGACGGACAAAAAGACAACAUGCGAUUGGCCCAUGUCCCAGACCGGCCCAUCAUCAUUCAGCUUACAAGCACCGACGACGGCAAGCAUGUCGUCGCUGUUACUGGUCACGACAAGGCCGUCUGGGUGUUUGAGCACGACGGAAACGGUAACCUGAAAGAACUCAGCAAACGAGUAAUGCCCAAGCGCCCCAGCUCCAUUGUCGUCACACCAGAGGCAAACAUCCUCUCCGCCGACAAGUUUGGCGACGUCUAUCAACUACCUCUUAUCCCCUCUGCCGACUUCACUCCCAAGCCCUCCACCCUCGCAGCCCUCUCCAAACAGCCCUUCACGAAGCCCGCCGCCACACCACUGACCGUGCACUCCAAGGGUAAUCUGCAGGCUCUUGCAAACCAGCAGCGCCAGAUUGAGCUCGAAGGCAGCGGAAAAGAGAUUUCUGUCCGCGCUGAGGAGCCCAACUUCGAGCUUCUGCUACUUCUGGGACAUGUGUCUAUGCUGACAUCUCUCUGCAUUGGCCAAGUAGAUGGCCGCAAGUACAUCCUCACAAGCGAUCGCGAUGAACACAUUCGCGUAUCAAGAUUCACGCCACAGGCCCAUAUUAUCCAGUCCUUCUGUCUAGGACACAAGCAUUUCAUUAACGACAUGACUAUUCCUGAAUUGCGCCCGGAGAUCCUCGUCUCUGGCGGCGGUGAUGACGACCUGUUUGUUUGGGACUGGGUCAACGGUAAACUCCUUUCUACGGUUAGCAUGUUGGACGUGGUAAAGACUAUUGCCCCCGAUGCUGCGGCCGUUGCCGUUUCCAAUCUAUGCUCUCUCACCUGCCCUGACGAGUCUGGACCACUACCAUACGUCCUUGCCAUUUGCGAAGGAAGCAGCGGCAUCUUCACAUGGAAGGUGACUGAAGACGGUAGCCUCAAGUGCCCUGGCAUCAUCCAGCUGCCUGGCAAACCGCUAGACCUCAUUGUUGUUCCCGGUGACAAGCCCACGAUUGCUGUGGCUCUGCAUACACCAGAGGCCUCGGAAGCUAAGAGCGUGCACAUCUUUGAGCUGGGAAUUAACGACGAUCGUCUCUGUGUUAACACUGACUCUGUUUUACAAGACAAUGAGCUGGACCAACCCGGCCUCGAAGCCACAGAUGCCGAAAUCAAGGGCUUGUUCUACACCAUUGAACAGCUGCGUAAGCAGAGCGGUGGUAACGAAGAAGAGGGAGGUCAGGAUGACAACUAAAAGGAGCCCAAGGGUACGGAAUUUAAUACCAAUA